AGGCAAUGUAUUUGUUUUUCUCCUCAUUAUGUUUUUUUCACUAUAAGAGCACAAACCACCUGAGGCAUUCUGGGCCAAAAACAUUUAAUCUACAUUUCGCCCAGAGUAAAUGGAAAUACAAUUUUAAAGAAGUAGUGGAUAAGGUCAAACUGAACUAAUAAGAAAAGAAAAGGAGCAAAAAUACUCACUAAAUCACUAAAUAGUCAGACUACUUAACAAAAGCAGAGUGCCUUUGCCACUCCCAGUUGUUUUUCUUGUUAACUUUGGGCCACCACAAGCGCUGAAUAUUUAUUUAACCAAUUAAUUUUAUUAAAUUUUUCUAUUCAGUCUGAGACCCGUUAUAAGGGCAACCGACAGGUCACCAGAAACAGCAAAUGUUUGUGAAAGUAAGACAUAAAAGGCUUUUUUACUGACAUGCCUCCAAAACAACCAGUUGGCCUAAAGAUUUAAUCUAAUGGGUUUUUUUGGGAGCAUGGUGACCCCAAGAUGCCAGUUUUUGCUGCAGUUCUCUGAGAGCUUUGGGGAUUUUUCUAAACUCUGAUAUCCGAAUGAAAUGCGAAAUUUACUAUUAUCUGAAUAGCAGAGUUGGACCACUGAACAACAAUCCAGUCCUUUUUCUUGUUAGCCCAGAUAAAACACAUAAAGAUGUUUCAGGAGUUUUUUGACAUGAGGAAUGCAACAGUCUCUGUCCAUGAUUCUGUCCAACAACAUAUCACCUAUUAAACAUCCGUUUUCGAAUAGAUCGUAUAUAAUCUUUACAUUUUCUCAGAAAGUGAAUUUUGUUUUUUCAUUAGUUUUAGGAACAUAAUAAACUCCCCUUUUGGAUUUGAAUAACCAAAUUUUUGAUACUAUUUUUAAAUAUUGAGUUGCAUCUGUAUCAGACAACUAGACCAACUAAUGUAAGUUUUUUUCUCUUUCACCUUCCCAAUAACUGCUCCUUUCUUUUGCAUAGUAAUAAAUAGUAUGAGGUUCGCCUGAGACGCUGCUUUUAACCCAGUUUAAAGUGUCUCUGGCGGCCCCUAUCGCCUGAACAUAGAAAGUGAAACAAUGUAAGGUUUUUUUUUUUUACUCUCAGUGUUCCUUCAGCCACAUUUGAACAUUUCCAACAGUCCUUCCCCAAUCGGGACCUCCUCCACCCGCCUCCGGCACGGAACCGCACGGCUCGACUCCCUGCCGACCCCCCGGCCCUCUUCCCUCCUCCAGGGCUGCCUGAGCCGGUGUUUGAUUGGAUCAGACUCGUUUAGCCUUUGCCCUCUAACCCCGCUGAUGUUGGCUCACUGCUUCCUGCUCUCUCCGCUCCCCCUUACCGACUGAACGAAGGCUGCCGAAGCCGCACGGAGAAGCGAAGCGCCCCGCACGGACACAGCAGCUUCUUCAGCCCGAGGAUAGCGGAGCGGGGGAGUCGCGGAACACGCAGUCAAGCCAGGCGGACGGAGAUUAGAGAAGCCCUCAGCCAUGCGGAGGAAAUCCAGGGUGUUGCUGUGUUUUGCGGUGCUGUGGGUGCUGGGAAUAGCCUACUACUUCUACUCGGGGACAGCGCUGAGUCGAAAGGAUGAGUGGGGCUCCAGUUACUCGUCGAGCCGAGGCAGAUCUCAGCACUCCGAUGAAAAGACCCACACCAUCGAUGCCCUGCCACCAGGUAAGGUGCGCUGGCAGGAUUUCAACCAGAACCUUUACAUCGGAGCCACUUUGGUCCGACCUGGUCAGGAUCCUUAUGCCAGGAACAAGUUCAACCAGGUGGAGAGCGAUAAACUGCAAAUGGACCGAGCUGUGCCCGACACAAGACAUGAUCACUGCAGAAGUAAACAGUGGAGGUCAGACCUGCCAGCCUCCAGCGUUGUCAUCACCUUCCAUAAUGAAGCUCGCUCUGCUCUGCUGCGGACUGUCGUCAGUGUCUUAAAGAAAAGUCCUUCUCACUUGGUCAAAGAAAUCAUUUUGGUUGACGACUACAGUGACAACCCGGAGGAUGGAGCGCUGCUGGGGAAGAUUGAGAAGGUUCGUGUGCUUAGGAACGACCGCAGAGAAGGACUGAUGCGUUCGAGGGUCCGUGGUGCAGACGCCGCCACAGCACCGGUCCUCACCUUCUUGGACUCUCACUGUGAAUGUAAUGAUCACUGGCUGGAGCCGUUACUGGAGCGAGUGGCUGAGGAUAAGACGAGAGUAGUUUCUCCUAUCAUUGACGUCAUCAACAUGGACAACUUUCAGUAUGUGGGAGCCUCGGCCGAUCUGAAAGGAGGCUUUGACUGGAAUUUGGUGUUUAAAUGGGACUACAUGACUCUGGAGCAGAGACGAGCCAGACAAGGCAACCCAAUCGCCCCCAUCAAGACGCCUAUGAUUGCUGGAGGUCUGUUUGUUAUGGAUAAGGAGUAUUUUGAGCGUCUGGGAAAAUACGACAUGAUGAUGGACGUCUGGGGAGGUGAAAACCUGGAGAUUUCGUUUCGUGUGUGGCAGUGUGACGGCAGUCUAGAGAUCAUCCCCUGCAGCAGGGUUGGCCAUGUCUUCAGGAAGCAACAUCCCUACACCUUCCCUGGAGGCAGCGGGACUGUGUUUGCAAGGAACACAAGACGGGCAGCAGAGGUGUGGAUGGACGAGUAUAAAAACUUUUACUACGCUGCUGUCCCCUCGGCGAGAAACGUGCCCUACGGCAAUAUCCAGAGCCGCUUGGAGAUGAAGAAGAGGUUAGGCUGUAAGCCUUUCAAAUGGUACCUGGAGAAUGUCUACCCUGAACUGAGGGUCCCAGAUCAUCAGGACAUUGCCUUUGGAGCCCUGCAGCAGGGAGGGAACUGCCUGGACACCCUGGGGCAUUUUGCUGACGGGGUGGUGGGCGUCUAUGAAUGCCACAACGCAGGAGGAAAUCAGGUAGAAUGGGCCCUAACCAAAGACAAGUCGGUUAAACACAUGGACCUGUGUCUGACUGUGGUGGACCGGGUAGCCGGCUCCCUCAUCAAACUACAAGGAUGUCGAGAGAACGAUAGCAGACAGAAAUGGGAGCAGAUCGAAUCCAACUCGAAGCUUCGUCACGUGGGCAGCAACCUCUGCCUGGACAGCCGCAGCGCCAGGAUGGGCGGUUUGACCGUGGAGGUCUGCGGGCCGAGCCUCAGCCAGCAGUGGAAGUUCACCCUGAAUUUACAAUCAUAGGGGGCGCUGCAGACCCCUGGUUUUCUGACUGAGACGCAAAAAGACAGAAAGAUGAGUAAAAGACUGGAGGAGAAGGAUGGACUGGAAUAGUCCUCGUCCUCCGCAGAGAUGCAGCCAGUUCUGUCUCUACACCCCUCUUCCCCACCUGUUUCCCCCUCCCUGAAACGUCGAGCCACCUCCAGUGGGGUAGGGGCUUGUAGACCACAACGGAGCAAACUGGAGACUGACUGCACACAGUGGAUGGAUGAUGAGGAUGAAAGUGAUGACGAGUCUUUUGUUUCCAACGACGUACCUCGGUGUUCUGCAAUUGAUGGUUCCUGAGACAGCCUGACUUCUUUUUGUUCUUUAAUGCUGGUUGCAAACAAACUAAACUCCUUGGUGAAUGAUUUUAUUUUUCUUAUUCAUAUUUUUUAUUUCUUUCUGUUGAUUCUAGGCUGAGAGCAGCUGGAGCUGGUUCUGUUCCUAAUCGACUCUUGUAAGAGCAGGUGGAGGCUUCUUGUUGGGUUUUUGGUGGUUGUCGAGUGCCAAGAGGGAGUACAUAGACUCAAUUGCUCGAGCUGUUCUUCUUGUGUGCUUCACUAGUUUACAAAAUUGACAAAGAGGAGAAGAAAAGAGGAGAGAAAUACUCAGUAUUUUCCUUUCUGAGUCUCUUUUCCAAUCCGUUGUCCAUGGGAGCGUCUUCUUCAUGGAGGGGAGGGUGUCGGAAACCUUCAGGAAGCUCUUCUCAAAGGUCUUCAGGAUGUAGCACUGGCUGCUGCAGCAUCCUGACUUCUUCACUUUUAUGUUUCUUAAAAACUGAACAGAAAAAAACUUCAAGUCUUUUUUGUUUACACUUGUCAACGAUUAGACCUAAGUUUGAAAAAGGAAAAUGUUUUACGUUUUAGGAAGACCAGAGGAGCAAUUAAAACUGUUUGUCCUUACAUACUGUGGCUGUUGUCUGACUGCUCCUUGUGGAGCUCUUUAGUUCAUUUCUGUUCAGAUCUUUACAUUUACCUGUGUCUAGGCGUGGGCCGGUAUAAAACAGUCAUUUACACACAAAAUAUCAUUAACAAUAACAGAAGAGCAGCAAUUGUUUCUGCUGGUGAAAAAAUAUAAUACAAUGCUGUUCAUUACAGUUAUGAUCAUAAUUAUUACUAUUAUUAUUAAUUAUGUAUUUAUUGUUUGUUUUAUUUCAAUGGGCAAAAAAAAAAAAUGAACAGCUGGUAAAUGUAAUGGUAACUUUCAAGUAAACGUGCAGAAUAUUUGACCUUUCACUUUUAGUUUUUUCACAUUUGGACAGUCUCUGGUUUUCACUACUGGAAAUAUUUUCAAACAGCUGAAUUUGUCAGUAGAAGCUUUCUUUUACCCAGCUUGGCAAUAGUGUGCAGCGAACAGGUGAGGGAAGGGCAGCACUGCAUCAUUGUAUCACUUCAGCACUUUCUCUGGUGUCUUGUUAAAAAAAAACUUAAAACAGCAGGAACGGUAUGAUGGUUUUGAAACCAUAAUCCUAAGUGCUUAAAAUGAAAACUGGAAUUUUUUUUGUUGUUUUUGAAAAUAUUUCACCUUUUAUUCAAAAUGCUUCUUCAGCUCUGAACACAGGUUGAAUGUAUCAGGCUUUGAAGUUGUAAUUAGAACAACCCCACUGAUAGGGCUGUUAAGGUCACCAAUGCGGCUGUUAAGGUCACCCGUUUAGGUCACGUGAGUCAUUGGCCUUACCAUUUUAUUUCAGCACUAAGGAUUAUCAUGUCCUGAAUGUCUGAGAAUCUACACAAAGUUUUGAAACCAUAAUGUUUUCAAAACCAUGGUACACCUUGAUACCGGUUACUGGCCCAUGCCUACUUGUGUCUAUGUUGGCAGUGUGAGAGAUUUACUAUAAAGUAAUGUCUUCUCCUUUGAGUAUAGCCUUGUCCUCUGGGGGAGAUAAAUGGGUUAGUGCAUCUAUCAGCAUCAAGUCACCACACAGUACCACUUGGUCAGUAGUGUUUUUCUGCCUGAGAGGUGGACCGUCUGUUCAUAUGUUUUAAGCUGCAGUAAACAGAGUUUUACUGAUUGUCCUCUCAGUUUUUGUGUGAGGUUUGCAGAUUGUUCUGUGGCCAGGGCUGCUCUGUUUAUGCUGAUCAUGAUCGAAAUAGGAAGCUCAUCUGCUGGAGCUUGUUUUGCUCCAGCAGACUGCCCAGAGCAACAUUAUUUUGGUGUCAGAAAUCAACACAGUGAUGUUUUUUCCCAUCUGCAGCAACCAAAUGGUUUGACAGGGACCAUUUAUAGUACAUUUAUCUUUCUAUCAUGUAAUCUAAUGCCCUCUGUGUAUUUUUGCAAAGCUUGUGGCUCUUUGGCAUCUUCAUUGCUUCAUAUUUGCUGCUGUGAUUCUCUUCACUGCUGGUCCCUAAAAAGUGAUCAUGAAGUUUGACCAAAAUCCUAAAUAUAUUUGGAGUGGCACAUUAAGUUGCAAAUUAAAACCAACUGCAUUUAAUACAAUAUCUACCAAAAAUUAUUCACAUCCCUUGAACUUUUCAAUAUUUUGUUACACUGAAAUCUUGAACUGCAAUGCCUUUUAUUAGGAUUUUAUGUAAUAGUCCAGUUAAGUAUUUCACAAAUAAAAUGGUUAGGGUAUAGAAAAUAUCCCAACAUCUCAGGAGUACGAAGUCCAAACGAACUCUGAAAUAGUGGUGGCAGUCGGAUGCUGUGAGGAGCUUUAACUUCAGGAUGAACGGGGAAGAUGGUCAGACCUCAUGGGAAGAUGAAUUGAGCUUUGAACCUCUAGAGACUAACAUUUUUUCUGUCUAUUCUCCUUUGCAAAAUGAGACAAACUUAGUCUGAGUAGAUGGAGAGGAUCUGUGAACAUACAUUUUCAAGUCUUGCCACCGAUUCUAAAUUGGAUUUAGGUCUAGACUUUGACUGGGCCAUUGUAACACAUGAAUAUGCUUUGACCUUAACCAUGCAGCUGUAGCUCUAGCUUUACGUUUAGUGUUGUUUUCCUGCUGGAAUGUGAACCUCUGCCCUAAUCUCUAAACCUUUUGAAGCCUCUAAACUAUUAUAUUCUAGAGUUGUUACAUGUAGCUCCAACCAUCUUCUCAUUGUCUAUAAGCAGCUUUCCCAUCCCUGUUGAAGAACAUCAUCCCCACAGCAUUAGGCUGCCACCACCAUGCUUCACUGUGGGGAUGGUGUGUUUGGGCUGAAUAGUGUUAUUGUUUGACGAUGUGGAUGUUGUUUUAUAACCUAAUUCUGUUCUAAACAUCUCCACAACUUUCUCCCUCACCGGUCUGCUGUGUUCCUUGGUCUUAAUGAUACGGUUUGUUCACUAAUGUUCUGUCUUCCACUUCACAAUUAUGCACCACUUUGUGUUUUGUCUGUCAUAUAAAAUCUAAAUAGACCACUUUUCAAGAUAAGUAGCCCAUUUGAGUGAAGAGAAACUAGAAAGUAGGCGCAACUUUGAACGUAUUCCCGGGUUUGUGUUGUCUUGGAAGUUCUUUUAAACUUGGUCCGACAGGAGUUGGGUCCACAGAAACCUCAGCUGUAUGAAAAGUCCAUCCUGUGACACAAGACCUAGAGAUGUUGUAAUGGAAAGAAAAUGUUUGAAAAUGCUAAUAUUUUUAAAGGACUUCGGAAUUUUCUGCCUAACCCUUUAAGUCCCUUGUUUGCUCCACUUGGGUCCCUUGAACACAAAAAAUACUCUGAAAUGUUGCUGUAGAAAUAAAUGUCAGCUUUUGAAUAUUCUUUUUUUAUUUUUAAGAAAAAGCACUGAAGAUUUUUUUGUGUAUUAGCAGGGUUUGUUGAUGAGCUUAGUCUGUUUUCUAAAGGUUUCCAUAAAAAUCUGUCAACAUAUUUUCCUGUUUUAUAUGAAUAUCAUUCUUCAUUCUCCUAAACUGUCAACCUCAAAUCGUGCUUUUAGCAAUUAGUCUUUUUCCCAUAUUUGUAAAUUAUAAUCUUUGAAGUGGUUAUUCAUUAGAUCCAUAUCAUGAAAAAGUUUAUUUUUCAUCCCAAACAUGCAUGUCUGCGUGUUAAUGAACAUGCAAAGAGUAUUUUCUACUCUACUAAAAGAGUAAAACAUGACCAUAUUGUAAGAAUUUCUACCAGAAAAAGAAAGGAAAUCAAAUUGUGAUUUGUAUUUACAAAGAUGCUUUUUGAAUGUGAGUAAAUUGCGCAAAAAUACCAAAGGGGCAGAGAUUGCUCUAAUUACUCAAACGUCUUAAAGACCUAAAAUUCACCCUAAAACACCUAAUCUGGCCAAAUUGUAUUCCAUCUGCAUCAAUACAACAAAAGCUACACAAACAUAAAAUAAAGGGACCCAGGAAGAUUAAAGUUUAACAGAAUUUCCUUUGAUUGAAGAUUGUGUUUGACGACAGAAGCUUUGCAGAGAGAAAAAAACAACUUUUUAUAUAUAAGUUUGUUUCAAACCUGUUUUUCCCCAUUUGGUUCGCUUGUCCCACUUUUGACGUUAGGGCACACACAGAUUGGCCUGGUUCUGAUAAAAAUAAAUGUUUUGUUUUUUUUACUUUUUAGCACAAUAAAUGUGAUGCAUAUCCUAUCCUGGGUGGAGAACAUCAUGAUUUACCGGAUGAUCAGUAACUAAGAAUUUUCUUUUUACCAACAUUUUCUGCAUUAAUCUUCAUUGACGUUUUAAAUCCUUGCCAGUGAAUGGAGAAAUGUUCCACCUGCACAGAUUGGAUCAGUAAAUUCUGUAGUUAUUCACCUGGGAUAAGACCUACUAGAACCUGAAGUUUAAAAGGUAAAAAAAAAAAAGUUUAAUAAUCCACAGCACCCAACAUCACAUUACGUGAAGCUUUUUGCUUCCAGCCAGCCUUAUGCUUGUUAGGAUGAGAUGUUCACUACUGUGUUAUUUUCUUUAAAUUGUGAAAUCAAAUCUUAACAAGAGGACAUUGCAAAUGAUGGCAAAGCCCAGCUCCUCAUGUCGAUCAGAUGAAUAAAUGUUUACAUCCUGAGCACAAGGUGCCAAAGCUUGUUUCUGAUUGUUGUGUUAAUAAUAAUAGCAGAUGCUGGAUGGCUCUCUCAGCACUGCCGAUUGGUGUGUCUCUUGUUUUAGUUCAACAUUUAGGAGGCAUGUAAGGAAGACUCCUCUUAGCUGCUGAUGUGAUGUCAGCCGCAGAAUAGAAAAUGGGCUAAAAAUGGCAGGGUUUUUUAUUUUUUAUUUGACAUCUUCACUAUAGAAGAAUAAUGUUGGAAAUGUGCUGAUUUUAUCUCCCCAUGUCUGCAGAAGAUCCACUGAGCUAAAUAAUGUUUUUAUUUUAUUUUUUGGCCUGGUUUGUUCUCUCUGUGCUUUAGGGGAAUGUAGCACCAGUUUGUUUUAAAUAAGUUGCUUUUCUUUUCAACAGGUUGAAAGGUUUUAGUUUCAAAACUUUUAAAUAAAGAUCAACAGUGGACCCCCUGGGACUGUGAAAAACCCCAAGACGUUCAGCUCAGAACUGGUCAAAUGUCUUUAUUUUCUGUGUUUGUGAGUCAGUAACAUGCAUAUGAGACAGCACACUGUUGAGGGUUUAUUUACCAGAGAUCCGUGGCAGAUCCCUGAUUAAACCAGUAAUCAACAGCAAUCUGUGAACAAUGUUUUGGUGAGAAAGUACUGAGAUGGAGCGCUUGACUCGUGGGGUCACACAUGUAAAAGUGUAUAUUUUUGUAUAUACCUACAUCCGUGUGUGUACAGAAUGUACAUAUAUACACAGUGUACUUAGCAGCAGUUCCUAGUUUUGUUGUCGGACUGUACAGCGCUUCUAAACGUUCCCUGUUUUAUAGAAACUGCAGAAAUUCAACUUUGAAUGAGGAGAACUGAUUAACUUAAAUAAAAGCAUUUAUAUAAACUAAA